UUCUAUCCAUAAUAAAAUCAUUGAGCACUCUGAAUUAUCUCCACCCCCACAAAGCUGAAUUCUUUUUUUCGCUCUCAUGGCUGAAAAACUCAUCUCUCUCUGGGUUUUCCUUCUACUCAUAUAUCUAGUAAAGUCUAAUCUGGAUGAUGCUAGACCCUUGUUGGACGAGUUCAGCGGCGGGUUCAAGGCUGCAGGCAACGACUUGAGCUUAGACGGCGUUGCAGCGGUGGAGAACAAUGGCGUACUUCGGUUAACAGACUACAACUCGACCAUGAAACUCGGCCACGCGUUUUAUUCACACCCAAUCCAAUUCAAGAACUCCAGCGGCGAAGUCAUCUCCUUCUCCACCUCCUUCGCUUUCGUUAUAACCCCCCAGCCUUGGAGAGAAGGCGGCGAUGGCCUCGCUUUCGCAAUCUCUCCCGUAAAAGGUUGUCCUGGGGGUAAACCAGGCGAAUUUAUUGGCCUGUUCAACGCCAGCAAUAAUGGGAACUUCUCCAACCACAUAUUAGCGGUCGAAUUCGACACUUACAUGAACCAAGAGUACAACGAAACCGACAGCAACCAUGUUGCCGUCGACAUCAAUAGCAUAAUAUCGAACAAAUCUGCUCCGGUCGUGCAAUUUAAGGGUGAUGAUACGAACGGGGUACCCCUUAAUUUGACGAGUGGUCGGGUAAUUCAAGCCUGGAUUGAUUAUAAUUCGCCAACAAAUCAAUUAGAUGUCAGGCUUGCGACGGACUCUGCCAAACCCAGUUCUAUACUUUUGUCCUUUACAGUGAACCUCUCACAAGUUCUUAAUGAAUUCAUGUACAUCGGGUUUUCUGCUUCCAUUGGUUUAGUCACGAGCUCACAUUAUAUCCUGGGUUGGAGCUUCAACAAGAAUGGGGACGCUAAAUCUCUCAAUUUAGAUCGACUUCCUAAGCCCCAGCUCCCCAGUACCGCCACUGCGAACAAAAAGAGUCAGACAGGCCUAAUUGUUGGUGUCUCAGUAAUUUCAGGUGCUUUGGCUGUGAUUUUGCUCGCUGCUUUGACGUUUUACGUCGUCAGGAGGAUCAAGAAGGCUGAUGUGGUUGAGGACUGGGAGCUUGAUAUUGCUCCGCAUAGAUUUCCUUACGAGGACCUGAAGAAAGCAACAAGGGGUUUCAAAGAGAAAGAGCUACUUGGAUCUGGCGGGUACGGUAAAGUUUACAAAGGAACUCUGCCAAACUCAGAUACCCAAGUUGCUGUUAAGCGUAUUCCUCAGGAUUCAAAACAGGGUUUGAAAGCGUUCAUAUCGGAGGUUGCUACUAUUGGCCGACUUCGUCAUAGAAAUUUGGUUCAAUUAUUGGGUUGGUGUCGUCGGGAAGCUGAUCUACUACUUGUGUAUGAAUUCAUGCCCAAUGGAAGCUUGGACAAGCACCUCUUUGAUGAGCCCAGAUCAAUCCUAAGCUGGGAACAAAGGUUCAAGAUUAUCAAAGGAGUGGCUUCAGGGCUUCUAUACUUACACGAGGAGUGGGAAAAAGCAGUAGUUCAUAGAGACAUCAAGGCCGGAAAUGUUUUAUUGGAUUCUGAGUUUAAUGCAAGGCUGAGCGAUUUUGGUCUUGCUAAGCUAUACGAGCACGGCUCCAACCCAAGCACCACCAGGGUGGUGGGCACGCUUGGGUAUAUGGCACCUGAGCUCACGCGCACAGGCAAGCCUACGACCAGCUCGGAUGUGUAUGCCUUUGGCGCUUUGUUGCUGGAAGUGGUUUGCGGUAGAAGACCCAUUAAUUCUACAGCAUCGUCUGAGGAGCUCAUCGUGCUGGUGGGCUGGGUUUGGGAGAAUUGGGCGGUAGGAACAGUGCUUGAUGUUGUAGACCCAAGGAUGGAGGGAAAGUUUGACGAGGACGAGGCUGUUUUGCUGCUGAAACUGGGCUUAAUUUGUUCAAAUGAUGACGCCGAGGUACGCCCUACGAUGAGGCUGGUGUUGAGGUACUUGGAGGGCGAGUUGGCGCUAAGGGAGGAGGUGGCGAUGCCAUAUCAGAAAAAAGGUGCUGCUGGUGCUGGUCGUGGUACUGUUGAGAUUCUGAAUUAUAUGCAAUCCUUUCCGACGACGUGGUCGUCGGUGUUUGACGUUGAUGGUAGGUAGGCCAGACAGUAAUUAUGUACAAAUAAAUCUAUGUUGACAAAUAAAAUGUGUCGUACGUUUUAUGUUUUA